UCAUACGAGUGGUUAUCCGUUGGUUGCAUGCUUCAUUGGUGAAUAAAGUCACUACAUUAAUAAUCGUAUAUUUUGCGAUACUGUCGAGCGUAUAGGCUAUGUUUCAUAAUCCAACAUUUUGCUUAUUGUAUAAAUAUUGAAAAAUACAUUUUUAAAAAGGGGUCAACAUCGUGUGCUCAUAAAUUGAUUUUACAUUGGUUUCAUUAGGGCACUCAACUGCUUGCAGCCUAUGAUGUGCUCCACUAUGGUCUCGGAAGCCAAUUAAAAAAAAAAAACUUAUCUGACUGCUGGCUGUAGCUGAAACAACGAAUUCGGAUACCUCAGACGAAAGCUAAAACACACUUCCGACCGUAAAUAAGGGAUUAGGACACAUCCAUUUAGGAAAUCGCAUAGGUCUGUUGCACUUGAUAGCAUGUUGUUGUCCGUGUUAUAUUUCACUCGGCUAUACUGAUUGAAAACGUCAUAUACCGGCGUAUACAGCCUACAUUAUAAUUUUCUUUCGACGACGAAAACUUAAAAAGAAGAAGAUGGAUUCUCCUCGAAAGGAUUUACUGCUAGUGCAAUGAAAUCCAUCUUGUGAAAUCAGCACCCGGAUGUUGCAAUAUAUAUUUGCUAAAACUCUCAGGAAAAAAUGUAGAGCACUUUAUAACAUGGAGAUGGGUUGAAUUUAAAUAUUUACAAAAUGUGUUACUUUGCUGUUUUAAUAACAAAAUGUAGACAUACACUACUUUUUGACAUGCAAUUUUAAUGAGGAUUGGACCAUGCACGAACCAGAGGAGCAGCCAGGAGGGGCAAAUUAUGCCAGCAGCACCAGAGUCCCUCUCUCUGGUGACGUACCAGCCAUUCUGUCCGACAGCUCCGUCCCUCCCCAGCCCCCUGCGCUCACCUGGCAGGCUGCAAUCCAUGCUGCUAAGCAGGCCCAGGCUGCCCCGACCAUGAGCGCCAGCGCCACUGCCCCGGUCGGGUCUCUGUCCCAAAGAAAGCGCCAGCAGUAUGCCAAAAGCAAGAAGCAGAGCAGCACGGUCAACAGCAGACCUCCCCGCGCACUCUUCUGCCUCACUCUCAACAACCCCAUCAGGAGAGCCUGCAUCAGCCUGGUAGAAUGGAAGCCAUUCGAUAUCUUUAUAUUACUCUCUAUUUUUGCCAACUGCGUGGCCUUAGCUGUUUACAUUCCCUUUCCUGAAGAUGACUCCAAUGCCACCAACCAUGACCUGGAAACAGUAGAAUAUGCCUUCCUUAUCAUUUUUACCAUUGAAACCUUUUUGAAGAUUAUAGCAUAUGGAUUAGUAAUGCACCAGAACGCGUAUGUGAGGAACGGCUGGAACAUGCUGGAUUUUAUAAUUGUAGUAGUAGGGUUGUUUAGCGUAUUUUUGGAAGUAUUAACCAAAGAGGGAGAUGCAGGGAGCCACCAGUCGGGCGGAAAGCCGGGUGGCUUCGACGUCAAAGCCCUUCGAGCCUUCCGAGUGCUGCGUCCUCUCCGCCUGGUGUCAGGAGUGCCCAGUUUACAAGUAGUUUUGAAUUCCAUUAUUAAAGCCAUGGUCCCUCUGCUCCACAUAGCCCUGUUAGUUUUAUUUGUAAUCAUCAUUUAUGCCAUUAUAGGAUUGGAGCUCUUUAUUGGAAAAAUGCACGCGACAUGUUACGUUUCUGGCACAAAUUCAAUAGCUGAAGAUGAACCAGCACCAUGUGCAAUCUCAGGUCACGGGCGCCAUUGCCCCAUCAACGGUACUGUAUGCAAAGAAGGCUGGCACGGCCCCAACGGCGGCAUCACCAACUUUGACAACUUCGCUUUCGCGAUGCUGACAGUGUUCCAGUGCAUCACCAUGGAGGGUUGGACCGACGUGCUGUACUGGAUGAAUGAUGCCAUGGGCUUUGAGCUGCCCUGGGUGUACUUCGUCAGCCUGGUCAUCUUUGGGUCCUUCUUCGUGCUUAAUCUGGUUCUGGGAGUGUUGAGUGGAGAGUUCUCCAAGGAGAGGGAGAAGGCCAAAGCCCGUGGAGACUUCCAGAAGCUGAGGGAGAAACAGCAGCUGGAGGAGGACCUGAAGGGCUACCUGGACUGGAUCACCCAGGCCGAGGACAUCGACCCCGAGAACGAGGAGGACGGUGAAGGCAAGCGCAACCGGGUUACUCUGACUGACUUAAUGGAAAAGAAGAAAGGAAAGUUUGGUUGGUUCAGCCAGUCUACUGAAACACAGGCAAGCAUGCAGGCCAGCGAGACGGAGUCAGUGAACACGGAGAACGCCAACGGGGAGGACGAGAAAGUACGGUGUUGUGGUCCUUUCUGUCAAAAAAUUACAAAGUCAAAGUUCAGUCGGCGCUGGCGUCGCUGGAACCGGUUCUGUCGCCGGAAGUGCAGAGCGGCCGUCAAAUCUGUCACUUUCUAUUGGCUGGUGAUCAUCCUGGUGUUCCUCAACACGCUGACCAUCUCCUCAGAGCACUACGACCAGCCGGAAUGGCUCACAGAAGUGCAGGAAGUGGCCAAUAAGGUUCUGCUGGCAAUGUUCACCUGUGAGAUGUUGGUGAAGAUGUACAGCCUUGGGCUACAGGCCUACUUUGUCUCCCUCUUCAACCGCUUCGACUGCUUUGUGGUGUGCGGGGGCAUCAUCGAGACCAUCCUGGUGGAGCUGGAGAUCAUGUCUCCGCUUGGUAUCUCUGUGUUUCGCUGCGUCCGCCUGCUGCGAAUCUUUAAAGUCACACGCCAUUGGGCGUCACUCAGCAACCUGGUGGCCUCACUGCUCAACUCCAUGAAGUCCAUCGCCUCUCUGCUGCUUCUGCUCUUCCUUUUCAUCAUCAUCUUCUCGCUGUUGGGUAUGCAGCUCUUUGGUGGCAAGUUCAACUUUGAUGAGACACAGACCAAGAGGAGUACCUUUGACAACUUCCCUCAAGCACUGCUCACGGUCUUCCAGAUUUUAACAGGCGAAGACUGGAAUGCUGUCAUGUAUGACGGGAUAAUGGCAUAUGGAGGCCCUUCCUCCUCGGGAAUGAUUGUCUGUGUGUACUUCAUCAUCCUCUUCAUCUGCGGAAACUACAUCCUGCUGAAUGUCUUCUUGGCUAUUGCUGUGGACAACUUGGCAGAUGCAGAAAGCCUCAAUACAGCACAGCAGGAGGAGGCAGAGGAGAAGGAGAGGAAGAAGAGUGCAAGGAGUGGGAGCACAGACAAGAGGGACGAUGAGAAAGGGGAGGGGAGAGAAGGCGGUGACAAGGUUAUGGGGGAACUCUGUAUGGAGGAAGAGGAGAAAGACCCAUACCCUGCUAGAGACGUUCCAGGGGACGAGGACGAGGAUGAGCCGGAGCUUCCGGUUGGCCCGCGGCCCCGCAGGCUGUCUGAACUGACCAUCAAGGAGAAGAUUGCACCUAUCCCAGCGGGCAGCGCCUUCUUCAUUUUCAGCAGCACCAACCCAUUUCGGGUUGGCUGUCACAGGCUGAUCAAUCAUCAUAUAUUCACCAACCUCAUUCUGGUCUUUAUCAUGCUUAGCAGUGUGUCUCUUGCUGCAGAAGACCCCAUCCGUAACUUUUCUGCCCGCAAUAUCGUCCUAGGCUAUGCAGAUUAUGUCUUCACUACUAUGUUUACAUUUGAGAUCAUGUUGAAGAUGACUGCAUUUGGGGCUUUCCUGCAUAAGGGUGCUUUCUGCAGAAAUUACUUCAACCUGCUGGACUUACUGGUGGUGGGAGUGUCUCUGGUGUCUUUUGGUAUUCAGUCCUCUGCCAUCUCAGUGGUGAAGAUUCUGAGAGUGCUGCGAGUGCUCCGGCCCCUGAGAGCCAUCAACCGAGCCAAGGGCCUCAAGCACGUGGUCCAGUGCGUGUUUGUGGCCAUCCGGACCAUUGGAAACAUCAUGAUCGUUACCACGCUGCUGCAGUUCAUGUUCGCCUGCAUAGGAGUGCAGCUCUUUAAGGGGAAGUUCUACCGCUGCACAGACGAGGCCAAGACCAGCCCUGAGGAAUGCAAGGGGACCUACAUCCUGUACAAGGACGGUGAUGUCACCAUGCCCGCCGUGCGUGACCGCGUGUGGCACAACAGCGACUUUAAUUUCGACAACGUUCUGGUGGCAAUGAUGGCCCUCUUCACCGUGUCCACCUUCGAGGGCUGGCCAGCACUGCUAUACAAGGCCAUCGAUUCCAACCGGGAGAACAUGGGCCCCAUCUACAACUACCGUGUGGAGAUCUCCAUCUUCUUCAUCAUCUACAUCAUCAUCAUUGCUUUCUUCAUGAUGAACAUCUUUGUGGGUUUUGUCAUCGUCACGUUCCAGGAGCAGGGGGAGAAGGAAUACAAGAACUGUGAGCUGGACAAGAACCAGCGCCAGUGUGUGGAGUACGCUCUGAAGGCCCGGCCCCUGCGCAGAUAUAUUCCUAAGAACCCCUACCAGUACAAGUUCUGGUAUGUGGUGAACUCCACGGCCUUCGAGUACAUCAUGUUCGUGCUCAUCAUACUCAACACGCUGUGCCUGGCCAUACAGCAUUAUGGUCAGUCCCCUCUGUUUAACUACGCCAUGGACAUCCUCAACAUGGUCUUUACUGGGGUCUUCACUGUGGAGAUGCUGCUCAAAUUAAUUGCCUUCAAACCAAGGGGCUAUUUUACGGAUCCCUGGAACGUGUUUGACGCCCUGGUGGUUAUUGGCAGCGUAGUAGACAUCGUUCUCAGUGAGAUAGAUCACUAUUUUGCUGAUGCAUGGAACACAUUUGAUGCCUUAAUUGUUGUUGGUAGCGUCGUUGACAUUGCUAUCACCGAAGUCAAUCCAACAGAGACUCCCGUGGUGGAGGUGGAGGUAGAGGCUGGGAACACGGAGGACAGUGCCAGGAUCUCUAUCACCUUCUUCCGGCUGUUCCGAGUCAUGCGAUUGGUCAAGCUGCUGAGCAGAGGAGAGGGCAUUCGCACACUACUGUGGACAUUCAUCAAGUCAUUCCAGGCUCUGCCAUAUGUUGCCCUGCUGAUUGCCAUGCUGUUCUUCAUCUAUGCUGUUAUUGGGAUGCAGGUGUUUGGUAAAAUAGCCAUGGUGGACGGCACGCACAUCAACCGAAACAACAACUUCCAGACCUUUCCCCAGGCGGUCCUCCUGCUCUUUAGGUGUGCCACAGGUGAGGCCUGGCAGGAGAUCAUGCUGGCAUGUCUGCCUGGAAAACUCUGUGACGCAGAGUCAGACUACAACCCUGGAGAGGAGAGGUCUUGUGGAAGUGGUUUUGCGAUCAUCUACUUCAUUACUUUCUACAUGUUAUGCGCCUUCUUGAUCAUUAAUUUGUUUGUCGCUGUCAUCAUGGACAAUUUUGACUAUCUCACUCGUGAUUGGUCUAUACUUGGCCCCCAUCAUCUGGAUGAGUUUAAGAGGAUCUGGUCGGAGUAUGAUCCAGAGGCAAAGGGCAGGAUUAAACACCUGGAUGUGGUGACCCUGCUGCGCCGCAUCCAGCCCCCUUUGGGCUUCGGAAAGCUGUGUCCCCACAGAGUAGCCUGCAAGAGAUUAGUUGCCAUGAACAUGCCUUUGAACAGUGAUGGCACGGUCAUGUUCAACGCGACCCUGUUUGCAUUGGUCCGGACGGCUCUGAAGAUCAAAACUGAAGGUAACCUGGAUCAGGCCAAUGAGGAGCUAAGAGCUGUCAUAAAGAAGAUCUGGAAGAGGACCAGCAUGAAGCUUCUGGACCAAGUAGUGCCCCCUGCUGGUGAUGAUGAGGUGACCGUGGGGAAGUUCUAUGCCACCUUCCUGAUACAGGACUACUUUAGGAAAUUCAAGAAACGCAAAGAGCAGGGCCUGGUGGGGCGACACCCGUCCAAGAACACCACCAUCGCACUGCAGGCCGGUCUCCGCACGCUGCAUGAUAUUGGGCCCGAAAUUCGACGAGCGAUAUCAUGUGACCUGCAAGACAAGGAUCUUGUAGAAUUUAACCCUGACGAUGACGAGGAUAUUUAUAGGAGGAACGGUGGGCUCUUUGGCAAUCAUGUCAAUCACUUCAGCGGAGACAGGAGGGGCUCUGUGUUCCAGACCAAUGCCACACAGCGCCCCCUACAGAUCUAUCCUCCCCCCAACUACGAUCCCGCCGUGGACCACAUCAGGCACAGCAGGGGUGCAAACUCCCUGCCCCACAACCACCUCAACCAUCACCCCAACUCCUAUCCCAAAUCACCAAAGUCCACCAAUGCCAACCUCAACAAUGCCAACGCUUCCAGUUACCCCAACGGGAAGCGGCGUCAGCGGUACGAGGGCUCCCCCACAAACGGGUACCCCUCCCAGGGUUCCUGCUUCAAGGGAGACCAUGACAAGCACAGGAAGCCUCAAGGGAGAAGCAGGACACGCUACUAUGAGACCUAUAUUAGGUCGGAACCGGGGGGCAGCCGGCACCCUACCAUCUGCAGAGAGGACCUGCGUGGUGCUGACCGCUGUGAGGAGGGCCGCUGCUCAGGGGAGGACAGCGAGGAGGAGUUCUAUGAGGAUGACAGCAUGCUGUCACCAGACAGAAGGUCCCAUAAGAAGCACCAGGAGGUGUAUCCCACCAGGGAUCUUGACUAUGGAACUUCCAGGGGCUACCAUCACCCUCAAGGUUACUAUGAUGAUGAUGAACCUCCCAUCUACCAUGAGUCACGGAGUUCGCCAAAGAGACGGCUGCUUCCUCUCACACCUCAGGCACAUCCGAGGCCGUCCUUUAGUUUUGAGUGUCUGCGCAGGCAGAGCAGUCAGGAUGAAAUUCCACUGUCACCCCAUCUGCACCAGCACACUGCGCUACCUCUGCACCUGAUGCAGCACCAGGUGAUGGCUGUUGCCGGUCUGGACUCGAGCCGGGCCCAGAGGCUGUCACCGACCCGCUCCGUACGGUCCUGGGCCACGCCUCCCACCACGCCCACCAGCAAAGACCAGUCACCCUACUACACCCCCCUGAUCCAAGUGGACCGGCCAAGCAGAAGAAGCACGAGCAGCAGCCAGUCGUCUGUGUGCAAAAGCUCCUGGUACACAGACGAGACAGACUACCCCCAGAGGACGUACACACCGGCUCACCUGCAGGUCCCUGCGGACUUCCGCCCCCACUACCAUGAGAAAAGGGGCAGCGCCACCAGUCUGGUAGAGGCGGUGUUGAUAUCCGAAGGACUGGGGAGAUACGCGAAGGACCCGCGGUUUGUGGCGGCGACGAAGCACGAGAUCGCAGACGCCUGCGAGAUGACGAUCGACGAAAUGGAAAGCGCUGCCAGUAACCUCCUGAACGGCAGCAUUUCGCCUGGGGUCAAUGGGGAGAUGUUUCCCAUCCUGGACCCAAGGGACGAUCUGCUGGACUACGCUGCUGGCUACAGUGACGAGGAGCCUGAGCCUCACAGAACGUAUGAGGAGGACUUAGCUGAUGAAAUGAUAUGCAUAACGACUUUAUAGCAUUCGCUAAAAAAAGACAAAAAUGCACCUGUUGGCUAAUUAACAAAAGAAGUGCCUUCUUGUAAUGGAAUAUAAAAGGCACUAAGAAGUAGGUGAGAGGACUGGGACAGGGCUAUGUGUUUGAGUGACAGCCCUGGUGCACCUCUCACGAAGGAUGAGGACCUCUCUUGCCAAACAUAGCCCCGCCCCUUCAGCACUGAACCUUUUUACCAAGGAACGCCUGUGGCGAGAAACAUGUGGCUUUCCGACAAGAGGAAAUAGGAACCAGGUGAAACAGAUAUGUGCACUCUUACACAGGACAGGGUAUUACAGGUGAUGACAAUCAAAUGUACACAGCAACGUAGCGUCAUUACCUCAGUCGAUUUAUUGUGCACUGGCAUAUCAAGUAAAUGAGUUUCUGUUGCAAAAAUACAACAAGAGAAUACAACGAGAAGCAUAUCAUGCCCCUCUCCCGAUUUUGGAUAUAAAGUUAAUUUUUUUUCUACCUUUAAAAACACUGGUAAUAAUUUAUAACAACUCACUUCUAAGAAAAAAAAAAAGAUAAUCCCAACCUGUUUGUAUAGGGAUAUUAUUGACAGUUUUUGUAUUAUCAAACCAGAAUCUGUUUAUAUGGCUGUCAUGAAAUGGAGCAAAACCAUGGAAAUCAACGGAAAUAAAACUAUUCACAAAAAAUGCAGGUCAUUUUUUUUGAAAUGCUGUUUGUUCAAUAUUUUAUUUCAUAAUUUAAAUUUAUAUGUAAAUCACGUGUAAUAUACAAAUGAACAUUUUUUAGUGAUGUCCUAUAUUUUGUAAUUAAAAUACAGAAAAACAGCAAUAUGGGUCCUAUAGCCAGUUCAAUUUUAAAAUACAAUGUGAAUAUUCAUACCCACAAGAUAUGCAUUUUUUUUGUAUAGUUGAUCCAAAUACCAUACUGAGGCAUUUAAAAAAAACACAUCACAAAAGAGAAGUUUUUAAAAGUAAUUCAUGGGCUGAUUCUUUGCAUAUCUUGUGCAGGGUAAAUGCACAAGCAAGUUACUUCAAAUGCUUUUUGCAUCAACAGUUCUGCUUAAUUGGGUGAUUAAAAAUACACCAUUUAAGGAGUUUUACAUAUAUUGUUGAAAUACCUUCAUUAAUUACUUUAAAACUGAAAUCACAACUACAGUUUUAGUUGUACAGUCAUGAUAAUAUCAAUAACUCAAAACUGGUUAAAUUCUCAGACUUGACUAUUGACUGUGACUAUUUUUGUAGUAUAACACACAAAACAUAAUUAUUUGCUUGGCAGACAGUUUUUGCCAGUGUGUUGUUCACUGCUCACAAAAUUACAUUUUGCGUGACCCAUUUGUACACCUGCAUUUCUAAUGGAACAAUUGUGCUAUAGUACCUUGUCUCAAGGCUGUUACAGCAGUAUCCCCAGUGGGAUUACAAGUCAGUGACCCUCAGGUCAAGAAUCCAGAGCUUUAACCACAUCACCAAAUGGUGCCCAAUUUAAACAAACUCCUAUUUUUAUAUGACAGUUACCCUUUUUGUGUUAAAAAUUAAAAAUGUUCAUAAAAAUUAUUUAAAGAAACUGGGAUGGAGAGUGGCGCAGAUAUAUUUGGAUACUUUUGCUUAAUCGUGGGUACUUCUCGGCUAAAGGCAAAGCAAUAUGACCCAGACUCUUGUCAGCCCAGCUGUGACACAUGCUACACAUUGCCUCCAAAGGAGGAAAGGAAAACAUAUCACUGUUUCUGAAGCUUACGAUAUAUGUGGCAUGUCUCCCUUUACAGGAAUCUCAAACUCAAAAAAUAUCCUACUGUGCUAAAAAUCAGUGUUUCCCGUCAAAAACAUGUGAAGGUACCAUUUAUUUCAAAGGAAAGGAAAGAAAUUUGAUUUGUUGUCCAUGUGCAUAUACUGUGUUUUCAGUUCACUGAAGACUGUAAAGAACAUUAGAGUUACAUUCCAUUGGAUGUGCACAUUGAAAGAGCUCUAUGAAUCAUUCAUGAAAAACAAAUGUUCUCUGGCCUCCUUUGCAAAUGAUAACGACCCUCAUACAUUCAGGCACACUGAAAGUAGCAAUUGUAAGACUACAAAUAUGCAUCCUUUUUAAAGUUGUGUACAUUUUUGUUCAACUCAAGACUAAAUCACUUUAUUUAUUUUAUCUCAAGUCAGGGAUUCCUGCAGGAAAUAAUGUUCAAAUACAAUCACAUAGACAUCUACCACUGCACACGUAAUUGUAUAGUGCUAUUGUUUCUCCUAUUUUUGUGUAAUAAGGUGGAUUAUUUGUACUUUUCAUAUGACUGUCUGUAUGGUAUAGUGAAAUUUAUAUUUGUAAUUUACAAUGCCACUUUACAAUGCUGGGAUAUGUUUAAAACACUGAAAUACAAGGACAACUGGCCUUUAUUCCUGUAUUACAACCAUUGUUGUGGGUUAAAAAAUAAAAAUAUAAUUGCAAACUAUAUAAGAGUUUACAAAGAAACACCCAAUCAGUCAUUUUUCAUCACAGAUAUAUUAUUUGUUAUUACUGUUAUUAAAUAUGAAUUGAGAUAUAUGGACAGAAAUGUAAAAUAUGUAUAAAAUAUGAAGCUAAAAACCUGUGGUAAUUCUACUUGAAAAUCCUUUGUAUAUCCUGUAAGGUUUUUAUUCAGUAAACACAAUUUCUUUUCAUACCAAA